ACACACCCACACUCCCAGCUCUCAGAAGGAACACUCCCUGCUGACGGCUUCGUCUCAGGAUUUCAGUCCCCCGUCUGUGGGACUCUGCUAGGACGUCCCAGGAAAGCAAAGGGGAGACAACGACUAGCCGGGCAGGAGGUGGGCCAGUUGGAGCUAAAUUGUGCCGGUUGUUGUAACAAGCAAGACUCCAAUCUCAGCAGCUUCAUAACACACGUUUAUUUCGCACGCAUCCCCACACUUCCGGUUGAUGGGCACCUUCUACCAGGUUCCAGUGAAGGUUCUCAUGGAGGAGGUCUGGGGUGGAGCCUGAGAAUCUGCACUUGUAACAAGCUCCUCGGUGAUGCUGCUGCCGGCCUGGGCGCCCACUUUGAGUACCGAGAGGCAUCACUCCUGCCCACACCCCACUGGCCUCAACUCGUGCCCACAGUCAGAUGCAAGGGGGGCAGAGAAAUGAAGUUCAGCUGUUUGCGCAGAAGCUGGAGGAACCUGGAUCAGUUAACACGGGAGGCCGGAGCAGGCCUGUCCGAGUGCUUCCAGGUGAAUGGCGCCGACUACCGCGGCCAUCAGAACCGCACGGGGCCACGCGGAGCCGGCCGCCCGUGCCUCUUCUGGGACCAGACGCAGCAGCACAGCUACAGCAGCGCCAGCGACCCCCAGGGCCGCUGGGGGCUGGGCCCGCACAACUUCUGCCGGAACCCGGACGGCGACGUGCAGCCGUGGUGCUACGUAGCCGAGACAGAGGAGGGCAUCUACUGGCGCUACUGCGACAUCCCCACGUGCCACAUGCCCGGAUACCUGGGCUGCUUCGUGGAUUCGGGGGCACCCCCCGCCCUCAGCGGGCCCAGCGGCACCUCAACGAAGCUCACGGUCCAGGUGUGCGUUCGCUUCUGCCGCAUGAAGGGCUACCAGCUGGCGGGCUUGGAGGCUGGCUACGCCUGCUUCUGUGGCUCUGAAAGCGACCUGGACCGGGGACGCCCGGCCCCAGCUACCGACUGUGACCAGAUUUGCUUCGGCCACCCGGGCCAGCUGUGCGGCGGCGAUGGGCGUCUGGGCAUCUACGAAGUGUCCGUGGGCUCCUGCCAGGGCAACUGGACCGCUCCUCAGGGCGUCGUCUACUCCCCGGACUUCCCGGACGAGUACGGGCCGGACCGGAACUGCAGCUGGGCGCUGAGCCCGCCGGGCGCCGCGCUGGAGCUCACCUUCCGCCUCUUCGAGCUGGCGGACCCGCGCGACCGGCUGGAGCUGCGCGACGCCGCCUCGGGCAGCCUGCUCCGCGUCUUCGACGGCGCCCGCCCGCCACCGCCCGGGCCUCUGCGCUUGCGCGCCGCAGGGCUCCUGCUCACCUUCCGCAGCGACGCGCGCGGCCACGCGCAGGGGUUCGCGCUCACCUACCGCGGGCUGCAGGACGCCGCCGACGACCCGGCGCCCAAGGGCUCGGCCCAGACCCCCGCAGCGCCCCCCGACUGGGCCAACGUGAGCUGCAGCCCCCGGCCUGGGGCUCCAGAGGCCGCGAUGCGGGGUGAGGCGGGCGUGCGAGGCGGGAGGGAGUUUGGGGAGCCGCCCCUUCCAGACCCCGUCCUCACAGCACCGUGCGCCCGCAGCCCGGGUCUUCUCGACGGUGACCGCCAUCUCGGUGCUGCUGCUGCUGCUCCUGUCGCUGCUGCGCCUGCUUCGCCGACGGAGCUGUCUGCUGGCUCCGGGAAAAGGCCCCCCGGCGUUGGGGCCUUCCCGGGGCCCCGGGAGAAGCUGGGCUGUGUGGUACCGCCAGCCUCGAGGGGUGGCCCUGCCCUGCCCUCCCGGGGACCCUCAGGGUGAGGGUCUAGCCGCGAGUUACCGGCCCCUCAGCGCCUCCAGCCAGAGUUCCCUGCGCUCGCUCAUCUCUGCUCUCUGACUCGGGACUCCCAGGGUCCACUGGACUCUCUGCCAGCGGGAUGGACACCUGAGAGA